GCCACGACAACGUAACAGGACCAUUUUAACGACGGUUGGGAUUUUUUCAACAGUUUUAAGGCCAGGAUUCCAAGAAAGGCAAAGGAUGUCUCCCACACUCAGUGCUGUGACGGUGAUGCUAGCUGUAUGCGUCUUGACCAGUAGUGCCCUCCCAAUGCCAACAAGGAAGCGACUGGGUUUCGUGUUUGGCUGCAGCGGCUGGGGAGCAGGGUGCACACAUAUCUCAUCCAAGGUCACAUCGGAUGCCAAGGUCCUGCCAGGCAAAGAGAAGGGCUUCGUGGAGCCUUUCUUCACAUCAGGUCGAUCAUGGUCACCAAGUGGCAAGAGGGCAGCAGAUCUAACAGACGCUGAAUGGAACCUGCUAGGAAAAGCACUUGAAGAUUACGAAGGCAAAUCGCAUAAGAAGAGGUCAGACAUAACAGAGGACGAAUGGAAUCUCCUUGGCUCAGUCCUCGAUGACUUUGAAGAGACCGACCACAAGAGCAAUGGGAAGGCCGGCGACUUCAAGGUCUACUGGGACAAAGCUAUCACAGAGAAGAAAUCACACUAAGGAUCUGCUUCCACUCAGCUUUCUUCAUCUGCUUUCUGCUAUCUCAUCAGACAUCAGGAGGAAAUCUCUUGAAUCUUUGAGAAUAUUUCAUACUUGUUGAAGACAGAGAAUGUUUAAACUGGUCUUGGACGGUAUGAAGAAAUCAGGUGCCACUCUUAUCAUCCUGCGGUCAAUGGAGUUGGUUAACAUUUUAAUGAAAUUUCUUCUCCAUGUAUAGUUGAGGAUAUUGUCUAAGGGUUGACACACACAGGUGCCUACAUGAAUACCAGUGACAUGCCACGUCGGAUCCAGCAAUAACGCCACAGAAAGUGCACUUCAGGAUAUGUCAUCAGUGUUCUACAAGUUCAUCUCUAUCUCAUCCUUAUCUAAAACAGCUUCACAAGUUCACGGACUCGCAGUGGAUUCAAAAGACUGGUCAUUUUUAACAACAGUAGGCAGUGUCACUUGCAAUGACUGGCAGUGGCAAUGAAAUAUUAGGACUAGUACUUUUUGUCAACAAGCAACGAUACCUUUAUGUCAAAGCAUAAGCCUGACGAAUUGCUGACAAUUUGUCACAAACAGACUGGAUUCACUGCAAAGACCAAACUGAACUUAUUCCAAUGAAAUUAUUCAAAGUUCUGUCAAAUUGUCGACAUGACUGAUUGCACUGACUUGAACUGACUGUGGAGAAGGACAGGCGAUUUGUAUGAACAGAGAGCUUUGUUUGUCCAUACUGUAGACGUGUGAAUAAGAAGCUCAUAACAAGUGUGUGUUCAGUUCAAACAUCUUGCAAUCUAUUAUAUAAAUAGUCCCCGAGGAUUAAAAUUCAUUCACCCAGAGCAGAAAUCCAGCUAUUUGUCAGAUUAACAGUGAUGGAUAGUGAUUUGCUUGGUCUAUGGAAACUUUCCCACUCACUUUAACCAUUCAGCCACUGUGCGUAUGCCAGAGUCGCGCAUACCUGGUGCCCCCUUGAUUAGUACAACAGAUCACUUCCUAAUCCUUCCCAAGUCAUUUAUUACGCUGUAAUCCACUACAGUCAUCGACUGAUGGAUGGUCACCAAAAUUAUCUUGACACCAUCUAAAGUGGAGCUGAGAGGAGGUUUAGACCGACUCUGAUCAUGACUGCAUUCAGAAAUAAAGCAGUCAGGGCCAAUAUUGCCCCUGACUGCUGUUUGAUCUAAUUUAGUACCACAAUCAGUGGAAAACUUCAUGAUUAACUCACCAGCAAAUGAUGGCCCAAGACAAAAGGGAAUAGGUUCUGAUAGUCACUGGGACCAUAGGACCGAUGAGAGAAUCAGUAUCUUCUAAUAGCGGAUGGAUUAGGAAGUUUUCUGUAGAUUCUGUUUAACACGGCCAGAACUCAACAGCGGCCAGAAACAUGUUGGCAAUGAACAUGGCAAACCUGACCUAAUCAUACACUAUUUCCCACCAAAAUAAAGAAAAUACAGAAACUGCAAUAGUUAGCAAGCACAAGUGAAUCAGACCUUUAUCUUCCAACUUUAAAAAGGUAUUUAAAAGAUACUUGAUGAUGGCACCGUCCGUGACGAAAGUUAGAAUCUUGUCCUCAGACCAAAUUGUAGAGCCUAUCAUGAAAGCUGUUAGUGUUACUUUCACUUUCUUGAUAAGCCUGGCAUCCUUCCUGCAAAUCAAUUCCACCUCUGACUGAUAUGGCAUUCAGUAGCGCCACCUCUCUCUCUCUUUGCCAUAAUGUGUUAGGGACCCUCGCCAUAUCUACUGCCAGAACAUGUAAAUAAAUGUUAAUCUUGACGGAUCCAUAGAAGUGAUCUUUACAAUGUAACUUUUCCAAUAAAGUGGAAUAAAAAACGUGAA